GGGAGGAGCGUUUGCUUACCUGAGAGUGCUGGCCUCUCCCCUUGUUUGCUCUGAGAUAGCAGGGCUAGCUCCUGCCCAGCACACAGAGGCUCCCUUUGGGCACUCCCUUUCCUUCCUGAGACUCACAGACCCACACAGACCAACGCACGGAGCUAGGUGGCCAUGGCCUGGCUCCCUGGGCCUUUCCUCUGCAGGACCCUGCUGGGUUUCCUGUGCCUGAAUGCCCCAGGGCUGGCCGUGGAAGUGAAGGUGCCCACUGAGCCACUGAGCGUGCCCGUGGGCAAGACUGCCGAGCUGGUCUGCAGCUAUAGCACGUCCGUGGGAAGCAACUUCGCCCUGGAGUGGAGCUUUGUGCAGCCUGGGAAACCCAUCUCUGCGUCGCAUCCCAUCUUGUACUUCACCAAUGGCCACCUGUAUCCCACCGGUUCUAAGGCAGAGCGGGCCAGCCUGCUCCAAAGUCCGCCCACAGGAGGGGUGGCCACCCUGAAACUGGUGGAUGUCCGCCCCUCAGACACUGGAACCUAUCUCUGUCAUGUUAACAACCCACCAGAUUUCUACACCAAUGGUCUGGGACUAAUCAACCUUACUGUGCUGGUGCCCCCCAGUAGCCCCUCAUGCAGUCAGAGUGGGACGGCUUUUGUGGGAGGCUCUGCGGCACUGAGAUGCAGCUCUGCCCAGGGAGCUCCCAAGCCCGUGUACAGCUGGGUUCGCCUUGGAUCUUUUCCUACGCCUUCUCCUGGCAGUGUGGUUCAAGAUGAAGUGUCUGGCCAGCUCAUUCUCACCAAUCUCUCCCUGACCUCCUCGGGCACCUACCGAUGUGUGGCCACCAACCAAAUGGGCACUGCAUCCUGUGAGCUGACCCUCUCUGUGACCGGUCCCUCUGAGGGCCGAGUGGCUGGGACACUGAUUGGGGUGCUUCUGGGCGUAUUGCUGCUGUCAGUUGCUGUGUUCUGCCUGAUCAGAUUCCAGAAAGAGAGGAAGACGACACCCAAGGAGACAUAUGGUGGUAGUGACCUCCGGGAGGAUGCUGUGGCUCCUGGGAUUUCUGAGCAGGCUUCUCCACAGGCUGAUUCUAGGAAAGGCCUCUUGGAGAGGUCCCCGUCUGCCAGCACUGCGACCACCACCAAGUCUGCUAGCACUGAGACAACUACCAAGUCCAGGCUCCCUAUGCUUUUGUGACUUCUCCACUUCCCAGAAGAGGAUUGGUGGAGGGGAUACCAAUGAUUAAAGCCUUUGGGGUACCA